AUGGCAACACGACAAUACGAUCCAUCCGAAGAUCGAAAUAUCCUAGGCCGAAACUCUCGAUCUUAUUUUUCUUCUCUCGUUCGAGCCAGCCGGCCUGACUCCGCGACCGAAAGCAAUAGAAGUAAAGUGUCAAGCUUAACAAGUUGCAGAGAGGGCACCGAUGUACUACCAAAUGACAUCGAACUUCAAGUUGAAGAUAAUACAAAAUCCAACUAUCAUUCCGGAACCUGGCUACCCUAUACAUUCCGAUAUUGGUACUUGAUUCUCUUAAGCUGUUUUGUCGCAGUCCUCUGCCUGUUAACGUUUCUUCUUUGGUGGAAAUCUGCAAACAACUAUGGACUGGGAACAGACGAUGGUUCCUCCGCCUUACUAUUUGGCUGGAGAUACAGCCCUACCAUGAUCGUUGUAAUCUACGUCCAAUUAACAGCCAUGUUAUUCGACGAUGUCAAACGAACCGAGCCCUAUGCCAGAUUAGCACGACCAGAAGGAGCGAAAGCAUCAUCUAGUAUCCUCCACAGUCCAGGACCUUGGUGGACUGCUCUAUACGACGGAUUCUCGAAAAAGAAGAACGGGAGAAGAAGCUGGGUAUUGAUCUGUGCGGCUUCCAUCAAUAUUCUUGGUUUUUUGGCAAUCUCUCCUCUUUCCUCGGCAUACCUAUACACUGAAGAGCUGAACUUGCCUCAAACGAUGGACUUCUAUCAGCUAGCACCUCUAAGUGACUCACCAUUAUCUAUCGAUGCAGACCGCACUACACAUUUUCGAACCAUCGCGAACCUCCUCCAGAACGUAUCAACAUCACCUUGGAUCACGGAUAAUUAUACCAUUUUACCCUUUUGGCCGGCAAGCUUGCAUGACGAGCCUAUUGGUACUCUGCCAACGAGUUCAUCGCAGACCUGGAAGGGUGAAACAACCAUGUUCAGGUCCGAACUCACAUGUACAGAGAUGACCGUUGAAUCCGAAGUGAACAGUUCCAUCUCCUUUAUGAAGGACUAUGAAGCUCAACCUGCAAUCUCGGUAAUCUGGUCGAGCCCUGGAGGCUGUAAAUAUGGGCUGGAAGUGGUAGAGGAUGUAUUCCUUGUCGGAGGUGGCAGUUGGUCAGAUGCUUCAACUUUCUUCUAUGCCGAAGACACAUUUUCCGAAAAGGAUGUCAGUUCCAGGGUUAAUCAUACGGCAGAGUGCGCAAAUCGCGAGAUAAUCGUCGUUACGGAGCCGUGGGGGUCAUCUAAGGGUGCCUAUUCAGCUCACUUAUGCGAUACUUCGUAUUACAUGGCCAACAUCACAGCCUCAGUUGCGCUGGACGGCGACAAUCCUGAAAUAAUCUUUGAAGAAAGCGAGUAUGCUAUAAAUAAGGUGCCUAUCCCGGAUACUUUGAUCAACUCGACUCAGUUUCGAGAUCAGGCUUUGAAUGAAGAUUGGCCAAGCUAUAUGAUUUCGAUUAUCUGGUCUCAGACUGCAUUACUAGGAGGUGCAGGUAUACUCUUGGGCGCUAUCUAUGAUUAUAACAUGACCAAGCUAGCUAGAGACCCGAACUUGGUAGUCUCCGCAGCAAAGGCAAAGCAGCGCUUUUUCGGCGAAGUGCUUCAAUCUUCUCUGACUCAAUCAGGAGCAUCUCACAAGAUCUCCACCCAAGGCCAAGUGAACUCUAUCAAGACACGCGUGGUAGUCCAAGCUGGAUCUGCAAUCGCAUUGGGAAUUCUUCUCGCUAUUUCUUUUCUUCUCCUUCUAACAGUCUGGUGGUUCUCUCGCCUUCGAAACAGACCACUUAACUUGAAAAGAGACCCUUCAACUACAGUCGGUGUCGCAUAUCUAGUAGCGCAGAACCCAAGAACCAGAUCCGGAUUCCAAGAACUCCGGCAACCAUCCGCAGAUGAACUACAGAAAAGAAUUGGAAGUGAAAUCUUUUAUACGGACCCUCAAGGACUUUCCAAAAGCGCACCCCAAGCCACGGCAAAAGAAAUCGCAGCUCAGUCGAGAAAUGGAACCCCGAUGCUCCUCCGUCUCCCUGCGCUCAUUGUCCUCGUCACACUUCUUGCACUUGUAAUUACCGGCGUUGCAGUCCUCUUCCAUUAUGCAGAAGGCUACAGGCUGUACGGGAAAGCCUUCGUCUACGAAGUUCAAGUCUCUCUCUUUGGAAGCAGCACUACCUCAUCGGUGGCGCCAUUUUCCAUGGUUCCGACCGUGAUAGCCACACUUCUUGGUCUGUGGUGGAGUGCUAUCGACGACAAUUUCCGUCGACUGCAGCCGUUCCUGUCCAUGGCUGACGAAAACCCAACCUACGAAAAAGGAGUCAAUCUUUCAUACCAAACUUCAUACUGGGCGUGGGCCGCUGGAAAGGCCGUCUCCAACAAACAUUGGAUGCUUUUCCUAGUCACAUUGGGCUCAACCUUGUCCCCUGUCUAUACGACUGCCAUGUCCGCUAUUUUUGAUCGCGGCACUGGCAACAUCAUGCAACCAAUUACGCUCGCCCGCAAUCUCGAAAUUCGCGAUAUACCAUUUGUUUUCGAGACCGAACAAUCCACUUACCCAGGAAGUUCAACAGAUUAUACAGCUGUCAUUCUCGAAGAUCUCUAUAAGAACAUAUCUUCAUAUUGGAUGUACACGGCCACUAUUCAGCUCGCUCUGAACGGCUCACAGCCAGCCUGGAGCAAAGACGGCUGGAGCUUUGUCCCCUUGGAUCUCAGCAACAUCAACUCUUCAAGCUCCCUAUCUGAACUCGGAGCCAGCAAAGCAGACGAUGCAACUUCCGACCCCGAGACAAUGGUUACUUUUGAAACACAAGCAAUCCGCGGCCGUAUCCAAUGCAGUCCCCCCUCAACCCAAGUACUCACAAAUAUCACCAACUGGCUCACCCCAACAGACAUUUCAAAUCAUACCAUUUACAAUGAAAGUACCAUUCCCUCCGGACUACGCGGUGGAUAUCAACUAGGAACCACAUAUGAUAAUUCAGAUUAUCCCAGUCUCAUUACCCCUUUAACAUCUUCUCAAAACUGGACAGAAUGCCCCGGAUGUACAACUGUUUUCGCUAAUCCAUCCUCAAUAACUUGUUGCGGUAAUGGAACCUCUGAUUCCCGUAAGGGCGAUGUUGGAGUUGGAUACUGGUCUCCAAACGACGACAUUUCCACCUGGACACCACGAACAUGGCAACGAAACUUCACGGCAAAAUGGUUACAUGGGGAAGCAAUUACAGGAAUCAGAGCGAACAACGACAAAGUAGGAGUUGGAACAGCCGACCCAGCACUCCUAUUUACUCAACCGCCUUCAAUCACAUUAUUAAAUUGUGAACCGAUCGUCGAAACCGCCAACUCCAGAAUAACAGUCAACCCAACAAAUGGUGAAAUCCAAUCAUUCGAUAUCCUAAGCACCCCAAAGACAAACUCCGAGCCUUGGUCCGACAAUUUUCUCCCUCACAAUGGCUCUACGACCGAUCCUCGCGAAGGAUACACGCACUACAACGUAACCUUAAGCUACGGCCGCCUCUUCCAAACAACAAUGUUAACAUCCGCCGACACCCUCCACAUCGGUGGAGCAGUCCACACCCUAGGCUACACAACCGAAGACCUCAACGACAACACCUACAACAUCCGCGACGAAAUCAACGGCCUAAACAUGGACUUCAUGACAUACUCAAUGUACAAAAUGGCAAACUCAUCAUCAACAUCCCUCCUAAACCUCCAAACAUUCACCACUCUCGCCGAAAAAACAUACACAACAUUCUUCCAACACUUCGUCAGUAACAACAUUUCCCUCGAAACAGGAGGCUGGGCAUACCAAAAAAUAAACGCAAGUUUACCAGACGAUCUUGCGCCAGCCGUGAAUGUCAUUGCCAAUUAUAUGCCUGGUACAACUGCUUCGAAGCAGCAGGAUACGAUUCAUCCGAUUUCACAUACGAAUCGGAGUGUGGUGGGACAUAUUUCACAACGAGUCGAAUUACUACAAAUGAAUAAAGUGGCCGUUGGACUCAGCAUCGGAAUAAUGGGCUGGUUAAUUCUGACAACUAUUACGGUGGCUGUUCUUCAGAAACGUUACUUUGGAGCUCUAGUUCGGAAUGUAGAGUGCCUUGGCGAUGUUCUGGUUCUUAUUGCGGGGAGUGCGAACUUUUUACAGGUUGUUAGGGAGAUUGAGUCUGGAAGACUUGUGAAGGGUGCUUAUGAGGAGCUUAGGACGAGGUUGGGGUGGUUUGUUGAUGAGGAUGGGGGAUUGAGGUGGGGGAUUGAGAUGGAGGAGAGUUAUGGGGAUGGGCCGGGUGUGCAUUGGGUUGCUGAUCCGUUGUUUUCGACGGAGGAUGGUGAGGGAAAUAGUACGUGGAAUGUUAGGGAUGGAGAUGAGAAUAUUUAG